CUGGAACCCAUUUUGCACUCUAGAAGCUGUAGUCGGCGGGAUUAAGGAACAGUUCUACUUCCUGUGCCACCGGAAGCAAUUUAGCGAUGGCAUCCUCUUCUGUGGAAGCGCCUGCCAAAGCAGCUCGAAAAAGUGAUUCUCAGCAGCAGAAACAGAAGCGUGAGAACCAAGAUGAGGCAGAGCUCCUCACUGUUCCUGAUGGUUGGAAGGAGCCAGCUUUUUCCAAAGAGGACAAUCCCAGAGGACUCCUGGAAGAAAGCAGCUUUGCAACCUUGUUCCCAAAGUACAGAGAGGCUUACCUGAAAGAGUGUUGGCCUUUGGUGCAGAAAGCCUUGAAUGAACAUCAUGUCAAAGCAACGCUGGACUUGAUAGAGGGUAGCAUGACCGUUUGUACAACAAAGAAGACUUUCGACCCUUACAUCAUCAUUAGGGCCAGAGACCUAAUAAAGCUCUUGGCGAGGAGCGUUUCGUUUGAACAGGCAGUACGAAUACUUCAAGAUGAUGUUGCCUGUGACAUCAUUAAAAUUGGUUCUCUAGUGAGAAAUAAAGAGAGAUUUGUCAAAAGAAGACAGCGGCUUAUUGGUCCCAAAGGAUCUACGUUGAAGGCAUUGGAACUCCUAACAAACUGUUAUGUAAUGGUUCAGGGGAAUACUGUCUCAGCCAUUGGACCUUUCAGUGGUCUGAAAGAGGUUCGAAAAGUAGUCCUUGAUACCAUGAAGAAUAUUCAUCCAAUUUAUAACAUUAAAACCUUGAUGAUUAAACGGGAGUUGGCAAAAGAUUCCGAGUUACGAUCACAAAGUUGGGAAAGGUUUUUGCCACAGUUCAAGCACAAAAAUGUGAAUAAGCGUAAGGAACCAAAGAAGAAGAGUGUCAAGAAGGAGUACACGCCGUUCCCUCCUCCACAGCCAGAAAGUCAGAUUGAUAAAGAAUUGGCUAGUGGUGAAUACUUUUUGAAGGCAAAUCAGAAGAAGCGGCAGAAAAUGGAAGCAAUAAAGGCUAAGCAAGCAGAAGCUCUUACAAAGAGGCAGGAAGAAAGAAACAAAGCAUUUAUUCCACCUAAAGAAAAGCCAGCUGUGAAGCCAAAGAAAGCUUCUACUGAAACUAAGAUUGAUGUGGCUGCUAUCAAGGAAAAGGUUAAGAAAGCGAAGACUAAGAAACUGGGUGCUCUUACAGCAGAGGAAGUUAAGCUUAAGAUGGAGGCUGACGAAAAGAAACAGAAGAGAAAAAAGUAACAUUGGAAAAAAUCCUAAACUGAACUUCUGAAGGUAUUUCCUUUUGUAAAGGAAUUUGACAUGCAGAGGCUUUUAGCUGCCUUACCUGGGAGUAGCCAAACUCUGAAAAUUAUGACCAGCUUUUCAUCUGUUCAUGGACAUACCUUUUGUAAAUACAUUCUUCAUAUGUAUUGCUAAAAGUUUUUGUGAGAAGGUGAUAGCUACCUGUGUAUACAUUGUACCAAAUGAAUUCCAGGCAGGUUUUGGCUAGAUGUUUUAGGAAUACCUUUUUUUUUCUAUUUUUUAAUUAUAUAGGCUUUUGGAAUGAGACUAUUCAUCAAAUCCAGUUGUUGCUAUGGGUUAGUCUUUAUAACCAUAACCAAAGCAUUUGAUUUUAAGGAAAAUAAAUGUAAAAAUGUCACUGCUUUCUUUCUCCCUUGCUAAUGGCAAAUACUUUGGCUUAUUUAUUUAUUUAUUUUUGUAAUUUUAUUCCAGGCGUAAAACAAAACACCAGAAAAACCAUGGCCUCUAACUCAAAUCUUUCAGUCACUGUUUUAUUCUGACUCUGAGGAAAUGGUACCAGAAAAUGUAUGUAGAUCUUUCACCUGCAUCCACUGUGAGUGUUCUGUGUGUAUUUGCUGGUGGCCACUGAAGCCAGAAGAGGGCAUUGAAUUUGCAGAACUGGAGUUAGAGAUGGUUGUGAGACACGGCGUAAGUGCUGGAGAUCAAACACCAGUCCUUUUGCAAGAGCAGCAAGUGUUCUUAACCUCUGAACCAUGAGGACAAUUAAUUGGCCUUAAAAUUAUCAAAAUGCAUUUUACAAGUCCGGAAAUC